GCGGCAAUGGCGAUGGCUCUCAUGGCCAACGCCACCCUCCAUUAUCCUCCAAACCCUUGCCACUCUCACCUCCCAUCCUUCUAUACAUCCAAGUCCCUCCCUUUCCUUGGAGAUUAACAACCUCUGCACCAAUGGAAACCCCCACACCGCUCUCCAACUCCUCUUGCAACAGUGCCCCAGAGCCCAUCUCACCUCCCAUCCCUAUCCCACUCCAUUGGCUUCAUCUUGCAAGCUUGCGGCCGCGAAAGGCAGCUCGACGUCGGCCGAGGAGUCCACCAACUCAUCCACUCGUGCCCAGAGCUCACCUUCAAUGAGAUACUCACCACUCGCCUCCUCACUAUGUAUUCCAUGUGCGGUUCCCUUCUAGACUCUCGCCGCGUCUUUGAAGCCAUUGAAGACAAAAACUUGUUUCACUGGAAUGCUUUGAUCAGCGGCUAUGCGCGCAAUGAGCUCUGGGAUGAAGUCCUCUGUGUUUUCUCCCAGUUGAUCUCGGAGACGGAGCUCAUGCCGAAUAACUUCACCUUACCCUGCGUCUUCAAGUCCUGUGCCGGCCUGUUGGAUGUUGGAAUCGGAAGAGCUGUGCAUGGUAUCACUGUGAAAAUGGGUUUGAGCUCUGAUGCAUUUGUUAGUAAUUCAUUGAUGUCGAUGUAUGGGAAAUGUGGUUGUGUUGAUGAUGCAGUGCAGGUGUUUGACGAAAUGCCUGAUAGAAACCUUGUUUCUUGGAACACUGUGAUAUGUGCACUCUCAGAGAAUGGAUUGGUGGAAGAGUGUUUUGAUUUUUUUAGAGAUAUGAUGAUUGUUGCUAGGCCGGAUGAUGCAACAGUGGUGACGUUGCUGCCAGUGUGUGCAGCUGAAGGGUGGCUUGAGAUGGGGAAGGUGAUUCAUGGGUUGUCUGUGAAGUUGGAGCUUGGUUUUGAGCUGAAGGUGAAUAAUGCUUUGAUUGACAUGUAUGGCAAAUGUGGGUCUUUAACUGAGGCUCAACGUUUGUUUGACAAGAGCGUGGAGAGGAAUGUGGUUUCUUGGAAUGCCUUGAUUGGUGGGUAUUCAAUGAAUGGAGAUGUGGAGAGAACUCUUUGUUUGCUUUGUGCGAUGGCGGUUGAGGAAGGUAUUAGACCGAAUGAAUCACCGUUUUUGAAUGUUUUGCCAGUUUGUUUGGGGCCACUUGAACUGCUGAAAGUAAAGGAGCUUCAUGGAUAUGUGACUAGAAAUGGGUUGCAGAGCAAUGAACUGAUAUUCAGUGGGCUCAUUACAGCCUACACAAAAUGUGGAUCACUGAAAUCUGCAGAACGCAUUGUUCAUAACAUGGAGAUCAAGACGGUCAGCUCAUGGAAUGCACUGAUGAGUGGUUAUGUGCAGAGUGGUCAGCCAACUAGGGCUAUGGAUUUGUUUCACAGAAUGAUGUCUUUAGGCUUUGAGCCUGACUGGAUUAGCAUCAGUAGCUUGCUUUCAGCAUGCACGCAUCUGAAAGAUCUUUCCAGUGGUUCAGUUGUUCAUGGUUUUAUCCUCAGACAUGGGUUGGAAACAGAUUCUUUCAUCACAAUUUCACUACUUUCACUCUAUAUGCAAUGUGAGAAACCGUUGUUUGCAAGAAUUCUAUUCGAUGCUAUGGAGGAAAAAAAUUCAGUGUCCUGGAACGCAAUGAUUGCUGGAUAUGCGAAGAAUGGACUCAUGGAGGAGUCCCUUGGGCUCUAUCGAAGAAUGCAACAUGAUAAUCAUGAACCUUUUGCCAUUGCUACGACUAGUGCCUUAAUGGUUUGUGGUCAGUUAUCAUCUCUUCAUCUAGGCAAAGCAGCACAUUGCUUUGCACUGAAAGCUGACUUUUCUGAUGACACAUUUGUAAGCAGCUCAAUCAUAGACAUGUACGCAAAGUGUGGUUCUAUAGAGCACGCCGGCAAUUUCUUUGAGAACCUGAACAGCAGAGAAGAUACAGCUUCUUGGUCUGCAAUGAUUACAGGCUAUGGAAUACAUGGAUAUGGUCUUGAGGCAGUGCAACUGUUCAAUAGGAUGCGUAGAGAAGGACCGCGACCAGAUGAAUUUACUUAUAUUGGCAUACUAAUGGCAUGCAGUCAUGUGGGACUGGUUAAGGAAGGCCUAGAAUACUUUGAGGAGAUGAGGAAGAGUCAAGGUGUGGAACCGAAACUGGAACACUAUGCUUGUGUUGUGGAUAUGCUUGGUCGGGCUGGCCGAUUGGUUGAUGCUGCUAGGCUCAUUGAGGAGAUGCCAGUAGAGCCUGAUGGUCGAAUAUGGAGUUCAUUGCUUGGUGCCUGUAAAAUCCACAGUGACACCAACUUAGGAGAGAGAGUUGCCAAGAAGCUGUUAGAGUUGGAACCCAACAAAGCUGAACACUACAUUCUAGUAGCAAACUUGUUUGCGGGUUCAGGUAGAUGGGAUGAUGUGAGGAGAAUGAGGGAGAAGAUGAAGGAGUCUGGACUCAAGAAGGAGCCAGGUCUUAGCUGGAUAAAUGUUGGAAAUAAAGUUUACAAGUUUGUUUGUGGGCACACUCGGUAUCCUGAAUCUGAAGAUGUUCAGAGAUUAUGGUGUGAAUUGAAAGAGAAAAUACAAAAGGCAGGAUACAUUCCCGAUACAAGUUGUGUGCUGCAUGAACUCAAGGAAGAAGAGAAGGUCGAGAUACUUCAAAGGCACAGUGAGAAGCAAGCAAUUGCAUUUGGGUUGCUGAAAAUGAGCCAUGGCAUGACACUGAGAGUAUUCAAGAACAUAAGGAUGUGCAAAGAUUGCCACAACACAGCAAAGUUAGUGUCCAAAGUUGUGGAGAGGCAGAUCAUAGUUAGGGACAACAAGAGGUUCCACCAUUUUAGCCAUGGAAUUUGUUCUUGUGGUGAUUACUGGUAAACCCUUUCAUCGCUCAUGGUGCUUUGAACCAUUCUGCAAUUCUAUUUGGUCCUAAUAAUUGAGGCUAUGCAAUGGAUUUUAUUGCCAGAUUAAAUCUUGUUUCAGUGCCUUGUAUGAAUUAGAUGUACUUACAACAUGCUGCAAAAAAUGCUGAUGAUCUUCGGAUAUCACAUUUUACUAGUCAAUGAAUGAAGAAAAAGAAAAAGCCAAAUCUCAAUAAGAAGUCAUGAUGGAUAUCUCUCACUCUCAAAGAAAGAGAAAAAAACAGCACUCAUAGAUGAAGCAGGGAAUUGGACUUUGGAGUUUGUAAACUUCUCAGAAUUUGCUUGGUGGUUGCCGGUUGGUUAUCAUGAUAUGUAGAGCUGGAGACAAGUCAAAAGUUUUGAACAGUUAUGUUACAUUGACAAUCAUGUCUGCCACCUACUAGUGCAAACAAGACACAAACUGUUGCACCAUAUCUAGUAUUUUGUUUGUGGUUUGAUUUUCAAGAGGACUCUGCAAGGAAUCUGGAGAUUGGACAAAGUACAUCAAAGUUUGACAAUGCUUUCAGAAAUACAACUUGCCAAGAAACUUACUUUAAAUUAAGCAAAGGGAAUCCAUCAAACCAGCUUUCUGACUUUCCUACCACUUACAUGAGAAUCAUGUGGUUGACAUAUUAUAUAUCAAGCAUUGCAAGACACAUGUUGGGAAAGCAAGAAAAGUAAGACCUGGAAGCAUAAACAAAGAGGAAGAAGGUUUUAAUGGAGUUGGUGAUAGAGAGUUGAGCUGGAAUACAACACAAGAAGUGUGAGGAGAUAAAGAAGAAUGUGUGGAAGGUGAGCUCAUUUGAAUUGCUUUCCUAGAAAACAUCAAUGUAUUAAAUUUGAGUAUCAAAAGAAAGAUAGGAAAGGACAAGAUUCAAUACUACUCACUCAACUUGCCACCCACUUUGAGAUGGCUAGAUUUCAUCAAUAUGAGUCUCUAUUAUCAUCAAUGUAGGUUGUAAUCUUGUACCUGUUUUUCCUUCUGAUAUCACCUUCACACUCCUACCACCUAAUUCUAUUCAUAACUUGGAUUAAAUGUUGUUAUGAUUCCUUCCUGUCGGUGGUCAAGAGUCAAACUUAUGUUUUCAUUUACAGUUAUUCAUUAUGUUUAGACUUUUA